ACGACGACAACCGGGGGAUGUGCAGCGAGCGGGAGACAUUAAAAUAUCAGGAGUCAAGAGGGAUAUAGGAACUUAUUAUUUUGAAAUACAAUAUUAUUUUCGAACUUUUUAUUUUAUCAAUGCACUGUUCUAUAACAUAAUUUAGAACUGCCUGUUAUUUUCUUAAACGUAGACGUAGUCUAAGCAGCUAGCCUAUAUGUUCAGAGGACAAGGCGUUGGAGAAUGCUGUAAGCUCUCUCCUAUCUCCUUGUCGUGGUAACCUCCUCUGAGCCGAGACACUAUGAGCACCUCCUCCAGUCCAAAGGGGACCCCGGUCCAGCAAAGCCCUACCGAUGGGGAGGGCGCGGACACGGACACCCUGCAGUCACCCCUGCAGUCCACCCCGUCCACCAGUCAGAAGAAGCGUAUCUCCAGCCUUCUGCAGAGCCCAUCCUUCAGAGAAGAGCUGGAUGUGCUGAUCCAGGAACAGAUGAAGAAAGGCGGCAGUGCCUCGAACUUGUGGGCUCUGCGGCAGAUUGCCGACUUCAUGUCCACUCAUGGUUCUCCUGCUGCCCUACCUGUUUCUUCCUCAACUACAUCCAUGGUCACCCCCAUUAAUGACAUGCAAGGAUGGGAACCGGGCACCUUGGCAAAAGGGGAGCGUCUGAUGCGUUGUAAGCUGGCCAGCGUGCAUCGCCUGCUGGACCUGUACGGCUGGGCCCACCUCAACCGCGCCUGCCUCACGAUACGUGUGAGCAAAGAACAGGAGCACUUCCUGGUGCUGCCGGACGGUCUGGCUUAUGGAGAGGCCACAGCGUCCAACCUGGUGAAGGUGAAUAUUCUGGGCGAGGUGGUGGAGAAGGGCAGCACCACUCUGGGCGUGGACCUGGCGGGAUUCAGCCUGCACUCAGCCAUCUACUCGGCCCGUCCUGACGUCCGAUGCCUCCUGCACCUCCACACACCGGCCACUGCUGCGGUUUCUGCCAUGAAGUGUGGCCUGCUGCCCCUAUCCCAUGAGGCAUUGCUGGUGGGAGACGUGGCCUAUUUGGACUACAAUGGGGUGAUGGAGGAAGAGGAGGACCGGGUGGAGCUGCAGAAAAGUCUCGGGCCCACUUGCAAGGUGCUGGUGUUGCGGAACCAUGGGAUUGUGGCUCUGGGAGAGUCGGUGGAAGAGGCCUUCUAUACUAUCUACCACAUCCAGGCUGCCUGCCAGAUUCAGGUGUCAGCAUUGUGCUGUGCAGGAGGGGAGCAGAACCUCAUCAUGCUGGACCGGGCCACCCACAAGCCCAACCCCACCGGCACCGUGGGCUGGGCCGGCUCCACGUUCGGCCCGCUGCACAAGAGCCGCCUGGGGGAGCAGGAGUUUGAGGCUCUGAUGAGAACCCUGGACAACCUGGGCUACCGCACUGGCUACGCCUACCGCUUCCCCGUGCUGCUGGAGCGCUCGCGGACCAAGCGGGAGGUGGAGAUCCCGGCCACCGUCACAGCCUUCAACUUCAAAGAGGAUGGCGUGAGCCCCCACCCGCGCCUCCACCCCCACGCCCAGAAGCAGCAGCAGGAGAGGACGCGGUGGCUCAACACCCCCAACCAGUACCAGAAGGUGAACCAGGACCAGGCCAGCCCCGGGCACCAGCGCACCACGGUGAGCUGGUUGAAGUCUGAGGAGAUCACUCAAACCAGUGGGCAAGCCAUAAAGAUUGAGAACCCCAAUCAGUUUGUGCCACUCUUCACCAAUCCAAAGGAAGUGCUGGAAACGAGGAACAAGAUUCGGCAGCAGAAUCGCCAGGACAUGAAGACAGCUGGACCCCAAUCCCAAGUGCUCGCAAGUGUCAUCACGGACAACAGUCCACCGUCCCCAGAGCCUCCACCGGAGCCCAGCACCCCUGAACCUGAGCCCCCCAACCCUUUCAACGAGCUCACGGACCAGGUGCUGGAGGAUUAUCGAGCGGAGGUCCAGAAGAAGCAGCUGAGUGGAGCAGAAGACGGGGAAGAGGCCAAUGAAGCUGGGACUCCCCCAGCUUCCUCCCCCACAAAGGUCCCUUCCCCCAGCAAACCCCCUCCUGAAGAUGGCUCGAAACCCUCCGAAGCCAACGAGGUGGUUAAAAACGGCAGCGCGGAGGAUGAGAAGCAGCAGCAGCAGGAGCUGGAGAAAGGGAUGAAGGCUCUGACCACCAACGACACCGCUCCCCCCACCACACCCCCCAACAAGCCAGCCGGCAUCACCCCCGAGGGCUCGCCCUCCAAGUCCCCUUCGAAGAAGAAGAAGAAGUUCAAAGCUCCGUCCUUCCUGAAGAAGAGCAAGAAGCAGAAGGACAAGGACAAGGUGGAGAAGGUGGAGACCUGAAGGGAUGCCAUGGCAACUCACAGACAAUGACACACACACACACACACACACACACACACACACACAUACACCCCCCCCCCACACACACACACACACACACACACACACACUCAUAUACACACACACACACACACACACUCAUUCACAUAUUCACAUGUGUCAUCUUCACAUUGAGAAUGUUGUAAACUCACUCAGUCGCACAUCUUGGUAUUCACCUCUUACUUCAUAUUACUUCUCUCUCACACACCUAUACGUACACCUACUCAUACAGCAAUUACUCCCCCCUAAAGGAAUGUUUGAAUUUUGAGUUGACUUCACAACAAGCACGAAAAAUAAUGCAAAAACGAUGCACCAGGCAACAACCAUGCUCACAGAAAACAGUGAUGUUCCAAAUUCACAUUAACCUCUCAUGGCUCAGCAUAAUCAUGCACUUAACACUUAUAUUUUGAAGAAAAAAAGAAUGUUAUUUAAAAAAACACUCAUUGUAUGUCCAUACUACUCAGUCACUUGAUGGUCACAGACACAAGAUGUGUGCUACUACAGGUCAGUGCAGGUAUUAUGCAGAUGUAAUCCUUUGCCCUUAAAUGAUGAUUGAAUUUCAUGUCCGAACUGCAGGGAAAAGUACAAAUGAAAUGAACUCAUAAUCUUGGCUUUUUGUUUUUGGUCAAAGAAACAGAAACGUGCAGUUUGAAAUGUCCAGAAUGACUGAAAGCCCAACUCUGAAAGGCACUAAACAUUCCACAUUCUCUCUCUUUUUUUCGUAAAGAAAUGUAUGUAUGCAAAGCGCUCCUCACUGCUGUAAUUAUUUUUAUGGUCUGUUACUAUUAUUUAAAUGCUUUUGUGUCUAUAUUUGCUGGGAUACAAUGUUCAUGUCAUAUUAGAAUGUAAAGUGGUUACUGCUAGGUUCAAAUGUACCAACCAUUAAAGAUGAAAGCAAUCCAA